AUGAAGUCCAGUCUAGUAGAAAUCAACAGGUGGGAACUGGUAUUAACCUGUGAAAGGAAUCUCACUUCUAAUUACUUUUGUGUAUUUAAGCCAGUGAAGAAAAAGAAGAUAAAACGAGAGGUUAAGAUUCUGGAGAAUCUGCGAGGUGGCACCAACAUCAUUAAGCUGAUUGACACUGUCAAGGAUCCAGUGUCAAAGACCCCAGCUCUCGUGUUUGAGUACAUCAAUAAUACAGAUUUUAAGCAACUGUACCAGAUCCUGACAGACUUUGAUAUUCGAUUUUAUAUGUAUGAGCUGCUCAAGGCCCUGGAUUACUGUCACAGCAUGGGGAUCAUGCAUAGGGACGUCAAACCCCACAACGUCAUGAUAGACCACCAACAAAAAAAGUUGAGGCUCAUAGACUGGGGUUUGGCAGAGUUUUACCAUCCAGCUCAGGAAUACAAUGUCCGUGUGGCCUCUAGGUACUUUAAAGGACCAGAGCUCCUUGUGGACUACCAAAUGUAUGACUAUAGCUUAGACAUGUGGAGUUUAGGCUGUAUGCUGGCCAGCAUGAUCUUCCGAAAAGAGCCCUUCUUCCAUGGUCAAGACAACUAUGACCAGCUGGUUCGCAUUGCUAAGGUUUUGGGCACAGAUGAGCUAUAUGGAUACCUGAAGAAAUAUCACAUAGAACUGGACCCACACUUCAAUGAUAUCCUGGGGCAGCAUUCACGGAAACGCUGGGAAAACUUCAUCCAUAGCGAGAACAGACACCUGGUCAGCCCUGAAGUCCUGGACCUUCUGGACAAACUUCUGCGAUAUGACCAUCAACAGAGGCUGACUGCCAAAGAAGCUAUGGAGCACCCCUACUUCUACCCAGUGGUGAAGGAGCAGUCUCAGCCCAGCUCAGAAAAUGCUGUGCUUUCUAGUGGCCUGACAGCAGCACGAUGAAGACUGGAAAACGACGGGUCCGAUGCUGUUCCUCCCAAUUUUCCAUAAGCAGAACAAGAACCAAAUCAAACGUCUUAUCAGCGUGUGUACAGAGAUGGCGGCCAGACGACGUGGCGGUGGCGGGGUACGAGAGCAGGGACUGCGCCGGCUUGAUGGCACCCAACAGUUUAUAAACACAAACCUUACUUCUGAAUGUAAAAGGUUCCUUCGCCUUUGACUUCCUGUUGACCUCUUCCUGACCCAGAAAGCAUGGAAAAUGUGAAGGGUAUGCAAAAUGGUUGUUGGUUAAUGUUGCUUCCCCCUCACCCCAGCCUUUGCUCCCUGAACUCCAGCGUUAACCUAUUAACUAGCUGGCUCCAGACUUGGCAGGGCAGAGAGGGAAUGGGGAUGGGGAUGGACUAUAUGGCAUGAUGGACAGUUCUAUAUUAUAAUUAAAAGAAUUAUAUAUUAUUGAAUAAAAGUUUUAAAAGAAAUGUAUGGAGAGUAUUCAGUAUGGAAGGAGCCAUGGGCCAUGACCUGCUGCAUUGGAAGAGGCUGGGAUUACUCUGAGCACUUCCUGGUUCUCUUUUCCUUGUUUUAUAUUAUGUAGAGGCAUAGGCAGGGGCAGAAGAGAAGGAGAUGAAUCUUGUACAAAGGCUUUUUGAAGUGUUAUGGAGAAUGGGAGCCUACCUACUCUGCCUGUCGGGUGGUGCUUAGACACCUGGCAUAAGGGUGGACAGGAGGUGAAUAUACAAGAGAACUCCAUGUUGAUUCCAGAUGUCCUUCCUUCAAAUGUCAAGCUCCUUUUGAGGCCUCAAUAAACACUAGAUGAUCACCCUUGUGGUGCCUGCACCUCUGUAGGUGCUGUGACUGGUGACUGCUGCCUUUAGCCAGUGUCCUGUUUCUUUUUCUUUCCCUUCCCUGCCUGCCUCUCUAGAGUGAGGAGUGGGCUUGUGAAGGGCCCCACCGCUUUCACUUCCUCACCCCCAGAGAAGAAGGCAGUACUGUUGGGGAAGAGGCACCCCCCAAAAGGCGCCUGAAUCGAUGGGGGGUGGGGGAGGGGGGAAGGAGAGGCUUUGCACUUGGUUCAAGCUCUACUUGUCUGCAGACCUCUGCUGGAUUAAAAAGCAAAAAAAAUGCCCAUCUCACCCUGCUUCAUCCUGUUAGGCCCAAUACCACCUAACAAACAGAAAAUGACUGACUAUUCCUAUAGUGCAGCAAGAGAGGGGCUAGUUCUUGGUUAUGGUAAAAAAAACAAAAUAAGCUGUCCCUGCUCCCUUGAACUGAAAAGGGCAUGUUAGAGCAGAAGAAACCUACCCCGCUUCCCUCUCCCCCUGCACUGGCAAGUCAUGCUCCAGUAGGGUCACAGCCUCCUCCAGGUGCCUUCAGCUACAGACAGAGCCAGCAGUGCCCACAACGCUUUAAUGUGUUCACUCUUUCAUGCUCUCCCCCUGGCCUGCCACUGGAUCUCUAUCUAUGCAGUAGAUCAGAAUUGGCUGGGGAAGGUGUAGAGUAAAUCAGGCUCCUUUGUUCCUUGAUGUCCCCCAAUCCUCACUUGUGUUGAGCCACCUCUUCCAACAAGCAGUGGGCCUGGAUGCAUUUUCUCCUUGGUGAAGGUAGUGAUUUCUGUUUGGAUCAAUAGACCCCUGUCACGUCAGCUGAUGUGUCACCCACUCAAUCAUCCAGUGUUUAUCUGAGUGGCCUUUCUACACUGUCUGAGCUUCAGGAUUUUGGCUGGGCAGGCAACAUUUCCAAUCCAGCAAACUAGAGCUUGAAGUUAACAAACCCAGACACUUGAAGCUACUUUUCAACAUCCCAGCAGGGCUCUACAAUUCUACUUUGUAACCUUCUUUUCCCCUGCCUCUUCCCCCUCCUCCAAGCCCUCUUGCAUAGUUUUUAUACAGUGCCCUGGUACUGAAACUGUCUGUUGUAAGGCUACCUCUGAUAUAAGGCUCUCUGCUGUAUUUUUGUCUCCCAGCUAUUUGGAAGCUCAUUAUAAAUACCUCUUUAUAACAAGCACCUCCCUGUAACGUAUGUUUCGUAUCUUCUAAGCCUUAUAGAAGUGGUGCUAUGUAUGUGUGUGUAUAUAAAAUAUGUAUUUAUUAUCCGUGUUUCCAUGUGUGGGUCUGUAUCUGGGAAAAUGCUGUGUGGAGUGUGCAGCUUUCGGGUUUGCUUGGGGAGGAGGGAAGGGAAGGGAAGGGUGGGAAAUGGCAGGUGAAAUGUUGAAAUGGACUCUGUUCCCUUACAUUAUUGUGUCUUCUGAUCCACCUCUUUCCAACUUCCUAAUGGUGAGCAUGUUUCCAAGAAUACAUGAGCCUGUUUGGUUUUUCAAGGCUUUGGAAGUGGUGGUGAAGGGACCACAAUAGCAUCUUCAGCAAGUGUUCUCCUGAAUCACUUGAUCUAGGUAUUAAGCCUGUGCUUAUCACCAUGAAGUCUUUGGCCCCUGGUUCCUGGAAGAACAGAUCAAGUUCUUUUAGUUGCAAGGAAAAGUGGUGCUAUUUUAUACUCAUUUGUUUCUGUAGUUCAUACCAGCACAGUUAGAUUAGGCAGUAAAGCAUUAAAUCCUGGCUGACAUUCAUCACAAAUGCAAGUUUUCCAGGCAAGAGAAUGAAAUGCCUCUUUGUGCCAUGAUUUUUAUGAAGAGCUCCUUGAAGAGUGAGGUCAGAGGAUACCUGGAUGUCCUUAUCCAUUGAAGGAAUUUGAAGGAAGUUGUUGAACUGAGCAAGGUGUGUUGUUCCUCUUGGUCUGGAAAAGGAGGGAAACAUCAUUUGUGGAACAGUAUCCACUACCACGGUUGGAUAUUGUGAAAUAUGUUAGUGCCCUCCACAGUGUUAACAAAUGCUUUAGAUUUGCACUGACACAUGUUAGAAUAUAGAUUUGUUCCAGUUGUCGCAGGUACCAAAUAAACAGCAUGAUACAGGUACCCCACCAUCGUUUCUGUAGCACAGCUGGGCCAGCCUGUGAGCUGUGGCAAUGUGAUGAUGCUGAAUCCAGAUGAGGCAUCUCCUGAGGCUUACACGCAGGAGUACUAAACAACAUAGAACGGAGUCGUCUUGGAUACCAAUAUAUGCCAACUUGUAUAAGGUGGUGGAUUCAAAAAGGGUACAGCAUUGCAGCUGCACCCUCCUUUUGGAUUGGACUGUGCCACAGGAGCCUCCUGGGACUUUUUAAAGUUCAGAAAGCAGAUGAGAAUGCUCUUGCCCCUCAUUUUCUUGCUCAAAGAAAUCCCCUUUGCCCCUCACCUUUUCCCUCUGUCCCGGAGAUGGAGACGCACCAGAGCCGUUCCUGCCUGCUGGGCAGGUGCUGGACUCAACUGAGGAUGGAGAUAAGGGCAGCAGGGCUGGACAGGAGUUCCUCUUCCCGGCACCAGGCAGGGUCUGGGGAAUACCAGCCACUCUGCCACUGCCCCCUCCCAGCUGAGCCCAGUUCCAUCAGCCCUGAUGGCUCUGGAAUUUUCCUGCCCCCGAACUGGUGAAUACACACAGGAGUAGACAGGGCGGGGGGAGAGUGAAAGAGAAGGGGAAGGGGGUAUUUUCACCUACUUUAGGACCUUUAAAAACUCCGGAGAGGUUCCCACAAGUGUGGUCUGCCCAUGCCAGAGAUGGCUGGGAGCAGGGGGGGCAGCCAACCAUGCAACGUGGGUUGCUGCUCCCAUGGUCUCCUUUGGGGAAAUCCUGGAUCCGCUGUGGUGGCUUUGUACUGCAUUUUGGCCAUCACUAAUGUACAUCUGUCUCAUCCCUCCCCUUUUCCCCAUCAACAUCCUUCUGUUGCCCAUCCUCUUCCCCUCCUCCAUGUAUAGUUCAUUUCCUGACUUGUCUUUAAAAGAUGUUGUCAACUGCUUUGUUACCAUUUUAACUUUUUUACACUCCAUUGUUUGUUUGUAAUGCCACCAAGUCUCUGAAAAUAAAGCGUUCUUUGCCUACUGA